AUGAAUACAUCAGUUAGUGGGGUUGUAGGCGGAGCCGCUGUAGGAGCCGCUUUGGAACUGCUGUUGAUAUUAUUGGUCAUUCCCGUUACCCGGAAGCUGGCUCGUUUCAGCUCGGACCUCAACCGCUUGAGAUUAACUCUCCGCCUCAUCCAACCCAUCCUCCUCGAACAUGAUGAGUUGGUCACUCGAGCGGAGAAUAUGGUGCAUAUGUGUUCCCAGUUGAGAUGGUGGAGAUUUUUUAUGAGACUGUACUACUCAGUGAAGUUGAUCCAGCUGGAAGCUGAGCUGCUUGGCAUCUUGCAGGUGAAUGUGGUGGCCCUUCUUUUCCGGGAGAGUGUUAGGGCUUCGGCUAUGGUGAGUCAGUUGGAGGAGAAGGUGGAUGAAGCUAUCGGGAUAAUCAAAUUGUAUGCAGUUGCCAAUGAUCGGAAUAUUGUUUGUGGUUGCGGCUUAUCCGUGUCUCCCGAUUCUGCUUAG